AUGCCUGGAAAACAUCUCAUUUCGUUAAGGUUACCAAGUGCGCUCAUCGUACACGCUCCGCGAGCAUCUAUCUUGCCGACACGGUCUUUUGCAGCAACCUACGCUCCCCAAGGCGCUCGACUUCAAUCCGUCGCCAAGGAAUGGAAAGGCGCACAUCCGGAGGAACAUAGCAUUCCACGGGCUAAGCGCGGCGACACGCACGACCCGUCCGCUGAUGCAGUUUCUUCUGGCAUGGAAGAAAGAGAUGUGAACGAGGGCAUCGCAGAUGAUACCAAGUCGCAAGCCACGACUCAGAGAGGUGGGCGUAAGGAGGAGAGGAAGGCCAAAAAGGAACACCCGGCGGCCCCAGAGCCUAUUAUAGGGAUGAAUGAUGAACGAGGAGGGAAGGGCCAAUGA